UAACAGAGACAGAGACAGACAGACAGAGAGAGAGAGACAGAGAGAUUUAAGACUAACACCCAAUACUAAGUUAGACCAAUGGCCUCAUGUCCAGCAGUUUUCGAAGAUUAUCUUCAGUGUCCUGUAUGCCGUGAUGUCUUCAGGGAUCCCGUGCUCCUGAUGUGUUCUCACAGCUUCUGUCGGCUCUGUCUGGAACAGUUCUGGCAACACACCGAGUCUCCUACCUGUCCUCUGUGUAGGAAGAACUCGUCAGUGAAUCAUCCUCCGUGUAAUCUCGCUCUGAAGAACCUGUGCGAGGCUUUCAUACAGGAGAGCACCCCGAAAGCUUCAGCCGGAGCUGAGAUCCUCUGCGCGCUGCAUAACAAGAAGCUCACACACUACUGCCUGGAGGAUAAACAGCCUGUGUGUGUGGAGUGCUCAGAAAUACACAAUAAGCACUGCUUUAAACUGCUUGAUGAAGUGGCAGUGGACCUGAAGUUGGACUUGAAAAGAAAACUGGUAAAGCUGAAGGAGCGACUGAAACUUUUCCAGAAUGCAAAACAAACUUGUGUUCAAACUGAGCAGUACAUUAAGUGUCAGGCUCACUACACCGAGGCUCUGAUCAGGAAGGAGUUUGAGAAGAUUCACCAGUUUCUUUGGGAUGAAGAAGCCGCCAGAGUGUCUGCUCUGAGGGAAGAAGAGAAGCAGAGAGUUCACGCAGCGGUUGUGAAGAUAACCCAAAUGAACAGAGAUAUUUUAGUCCUCUGUGAGAAAGCUGCAGGCAUUGAGGAAGAAAUAGACGCCAACAAUAUUUCAUUUCUGCAGAACUAUAAAGAAACUGUGAAAAGAACCGCGUGGGAGAUGAAGGAUCCUGAGAUCAGCUCUGCAUCACUGAUUGAUGUGGCAAAGCAUCUAGGCAACCUGGAGUUCGGUGUGUGGGAGAAGAUGCUGAGUAUUAUCAAAUACACUCCUGUUAUCCUUGACCCCAAUACCGCUCACCCCUGUCUGCACCUGACUGACAAUCUCACCACCAUGGAGCUUCGAAACAGCAUCACAGAGCUUCAAGAGAACACACUGAGAUUCGGUGACUAUUCAAGUGUCUUAGGCUCUCAGGGGUUUGAUUCAGGUAAACACUGCUGGGAUAUCGAUGUGGGAAGCAGCUCAGCCUGGGCCGUGGGUGUGAUCUCUGAGUCUGCGUAUAAGAACAAAGAAAUCCUCGCAAAGCAGGGUCUAUGGCAUAUAGGCUACUACAAGGGGAAAUAUGGCCAAGGCACAUCAGAUGAGAUGCUUACUCCAAUCAACCUGAAGGAGAAACUCCAGCGGAUCCGAGUGCUGCUGAAUUGGGAUGAAGGCUGUGUCUCGUUCUUCAAUCCUAUCAAUGAUACUCAUGUCCAUACCUUUGUACACAAAUUCACUGAGCGGAUUUAUCCAUACUUCUGUAACGCUUGCCCUGAGGAAGCUCUGAGAAUUGUCCCAUUGGGACUCGCUAUUACUGAAGAGUAGUGUGGAUAUAAUAUACAGGCGCACAAGUUAGCAUAAUCAACUGUGAUGAUACCGGUGGGCUUAGCUACGGUUAAGCUCCCAGUGAAUGCUGUUUUUAACCAGCUGUGUUUUUUUAUAUACAUUUUAACCGUUGUGUUGUGAUGACAUUUGUUUUGCAUUUCUUUCUAUGUCAGUGUUUAAAAGCAUCCACUCAAUGUGAAUAAGGAGCAAUGUGAAUAACCACACUGUGGGCUCCGAGUCUGAGACCAUGCUGAAAAUCUGGAAUUGCAAACUGAAACUAAACUGGAAAUUUACCAUUUUGAAAAACUGAGAAGAAUCCAAUUGGUGAAAUUGAUGAUGUUAGCUUAAAAACAAAAACAAAAACUUUUCCUAAACACAGGUUUAAAUAACAAACCGAUGGAUUUCUCAUGGACCUUUGGUUUUGGUACUAAAACGAACCAAAUGCUAAAAAAGUUCGUCUGUAAUUCAUAGAGAUAUUGCUAUAAGAUUUUAAUGAAAUGUUACAACUUAAAAAAAAAGUUGUUGCUGAAAUAUACUGUGAAAUAACAAAUAAAAAUAAAUAAUAAAAAACAAAUAAAUAAUAAAAAAACAAUUCAAAUUUUUACUAGCGGUCUCAGACUUUUGGACUCCAAAAAACUCAUCAGUGUAUUACUCAGGAGAGUCUACAGAAGACAUCAAGUCAUUUUUACUCUGGAAAUCAAACCUGUAUAUUUU